AAGGCCUGUUGGAGCAGCCAUCUUGCGCUGCGCGUAUAAAUAGCGCACUUGGCAACGACAUCUCAUGGCGUCGACCGUCGAAGCGCUCAAGACGAAGCUCAGCAGCGUGCUGCCGACGCCCAACAAGACCCCGGACGUCGCCUUUGAGUCGCUCACCGAGGCAUCGGAUGGCGACAGUGUCGAGGCGCCGCCAGUGCCGGCCCCGAGCCCCGAGUCGUCCCUGCUUCAAAUCAAGUUUGAGCGCGUCGGGCUCUUGCUUCAGGUCGUCGGUGCGUGCUGCGUCACGUUGGUGGCAGGCAUGACCAAGCACGGUGCCACGUCCACGCCCGUCGACACGAUGGUGUUUUGGCAGUCCUUUCUGAGCAUGGCCGUCGGCGUGGCGCUGCAAAACCAUUUUCGGCUGCCCAUUCUGGACAUUGAUGGCAUUAGCCGCUCGCACGUGUUUGCACUUGGCGGUCUUCAGUACCUCGUCUGCGCCGUCUCGAGCUAUGCGUAUGCGACGUUUGAGCUCACGGACGCAACGAUCCUCCUCCUCGCGUCGAGUCUGCUCACGGGCCUCGUGGCAACCAAAGUGCUUGUGCAGCACGUGCAUGACCGUCGGGACAUGGUGUGCAGCGCCGGCGCGCUCCUCGCCCUUGUCUUUGUGCAGGCACCGGACGCCGCGCAUGAAUUCUCGUGGGCGAUCGGUGGUGCCUGCGGUCUCGGGCUGUACUACGGCGUGCUCUUCAAGCUCCACGAAGCGCCGAUGCUCUCUGUCUACUCGCACAUGAGCGCUGUGAGCUGCGGCCUUGCGCUGCUCAAAUUGCUCUUGUUUAGCUCGGACCAUAUUUUCGAAGGCCACGGCGUGCUGCUGGGGCUCAUGGGCAUUCUCCGGGCGCUCGGACAGCUCGCGCUGCUCCGCGGCUACCAGUUUGAACGUAACCCGAUCGCGGCCGCCAUGGUCUUCUUCAAAGUCGCAUGGACCAUCCUCUUGGACUCGAUCAUGGUCGACGUGAUCCACAUGCACACAAUGAUGGGCUGCCUCGUGCUCUGCGUCGCAACUGGCAUUCUCCUCGGAAAGCGACCACUAGGGCCACCACUGCCAGCCGCCCCCGUUGCAAGCUCCUAAGAAGCUCUUGAUACACGUCGAGUGCACUCUAUC